GAUGAUAAGUCUCGCUGACAAAAUCCGACAACGCAAACGCGGUAUUGACGCGAAUCAGUCAGAUGCUGCACAGUCGGCAUCAGUACGCAGUGCUACCAUACGCGAUCGUCUUCUGUUACAGGAAAUACAGGAAUUGAAAAACAACCUGUCGUCUCAGUGUACUAUUCACCACCCCGACCCUAACAAACUCCAUGAAUUCACUCUGACGAUUAAGCCGAAGGAAGGCGUUUGGGCAGGUGGCACGUUUGUGUUCGAGAUAACUGUUCCGGAGGGCUACAACCACACACCCCCUCUCGCGCAUUGUAACACUCGCAUUUGGCAUCCGAAUAUCGAUGAAGAAGGUCGUGUUUGUCUCAGCUUGCUGCGUCAGAGCUCAUUGGAUUCUUCCGGUUGGGCACCAACACGUCGUUUGCUAGAUGUCGUAUGGGGGAUCGAGUCUCUGUUCACCGAUUUGUGUGAUUUCAGCGAUGCCCUCAAUACGGCUGCAUCGGAACAGUUCCAACGGAGCCCUGAAGAAUUCCAUCGGACCGCCCGCAGCUACGUGUAUGAAUAUGCAAGAUGAUGGCCAGUGGGCUUUCAUUACGACACCAUCACCAUCACACCGGUCUGGGAGAGAAACGAAAGACACCUCUCUUAUUGCCGGAUGCUUGUUAGCACACAUGCCCAUCUUACCCUUUCUCUUGAACGACGCCUCAUAAUGGAGAGAAUUACGUUAUUUAUUUUUGCCCCCCGAUGUUGUUCGCCUUGAUCAACCCGAGCCUCACUGAAUGUUCUUUGAUUAGGCGUGAUGUGUUUCGAAUAAUACACCAUAACCAACAGCCGUUA